CGGUGGGGGUGGCAGACGGAGAGGUGUGCUCACGGGGCUUGCCGGGACCUGGUGCCGUGAGCGCCGCGCUGUACCAGCGCCUGUCAGGCGGGCUGUGCGCCUGAAGCCAACAGGGACAGGCAACCACAGCCAUGGGUCAGCGGAGCAGCGCGCCGGCGUUCGAGCCCGUCGACGGCGGCGCCCGCUCCUCCACACUACCCAGCCACCUGCGGCGCUCACUGCGGCGCCGUCUCCGCGGCAGAGACAUCAGCGCCACGUUCAACAUGCUCGGCGCCGGUUUCAAGUCGGCGCAGCUGGACGUGAACACGGCCACUGAGGAGCAGCUGGCGCAGCUGCCGGGCCUCUCGCCACUGCUGGCCGCCAACAUCGUGGCGCACCGAAACGCGCUGGGCGGCUUCAGCCAGCCAGAGGACCUGGCUCUGGUGAACGGAGUGGGCGCCGCGCGCCUGCAUCGCAUCCGCGCCGGCAUCUGCGUGGGACGGCCCUCCCCCAGGGUGCCCUGCCUUUGUCCGGACAGCCCGGACGGCCGCUGGAGCGCCGCGUCGCCGCACAAGACCAACCUCAACACAGCCAGCAUGUUCGACCUGAUGCAGGUCAAGUUCAUCAACCAGGAGACGGCCGACCGCAUCCUGCACUACCGCGACAAGAAGGGCGGCUUCCGCACGCUGCGGCAGCUGGCCAAGGUGCGCGGCGUGUCGCGGCGCAGCGUGGACGUGCUGCGCCACUACUUCACGCUCGACGACGCCAGCGAGCAUGAGAGCAGCAGCAGCGAGAAGACGUCUGUGACGGCGCCGCCAGAGGUGGGCGCGGCGGCGACGGCGGCGGCGGCGGCGCCGGCGCCGGCGCCGGCGCGGCUCGGCCAGCACCGGCGCACGCACUCGGUGCCGCUGGGGCUGGGCGUCGUGCCGUGCCUGCAACCAUCGGGUGACAUGUGCGAGCUGCUCGCGCUCCACUCGCCGCGGCCCGUGCUCGAGGAGGUGUUCAUGGGCCAGCGGGGCGGCCGUCCGGUGUUCCGCCUGGCCACCUGGAACCUGGAGCGCCUGUGCGCGGACAAGUCGGCGAACCCGGGCGUACUGGAGGUCAUCUGCCGCACCGUGCUGGAGGCCGGGCUCGGUCUGGUCGCCGUCCAGGAGAUCCUCGACCCGGAUGCCCUCGGCAAGAUCUGCUCCGAGCUGAACACGCCCACCCUGCACAAGGUGAAGAACUGGCAGGGCUGGCGCGGCGCCUGGCGCUCGGUGCUCUCCGAGCCCGGACCGGCCGGCCACCGCUGCGGCUUCCUCUACGACGUCAGCAAGGGCGUCGAGCUGCGCGACCAGCCGCUGGUGGCCGGCGACGGCGAGCGGAGUGACGUCACAGCGCCGUUCGUCGGCAAAUUCAGGGUGGACAAGUUCCACUUCUCUGUGAUCGCCGUGCGGCUCCGCUGGCCGACCGCCCCUCCAUCUGCCGGCGGAGAGGCGCACUCCGAGUCUACGCCAGCACCACUGGAGGCCGUGGAGGAAGCUUUGGAGCGCAUGCUGCACAACGAGGAAGAUGUGCUGGUUGUGGGGGACUUCAGCCGUCCCGCCGACGACCCAGCGUUCGAGGUGCUGCGGCGACACCGGUUCCACCCGGUGGUGCCAGAGGGCGUCAGCACCAACGUCGCCGGCAGCCCGGGCGACGGCGCCGCUAGCCGCUUCUCCAACAUCUGGAUGACUGAGCACACCGAGGCGUCGUUUACCGGUCACUUCUCGGUGGUGCGUCUGGGCCUCUGGCACCUGGCCAUCCCGAACGGCUGGCACUGGGGCGGCGCGGUGAGCGCCCACUGUCCCGUCUGGUGCGAGAUGUACACGGCGGCGGCGGCCGGCGCCGGCCCGACCGCCGUCGGCCGCGGCCUGGCCGCCCUCCAGCUGGAGUACCGGCAACACGAGCAGCUGCACCGCCGCGAGAUGGCGGCGCUCACCCAGCUGCCGGUGAGCUGAAGCUCGCCGGACGGCGCCGCCGGACGGUCGCGGCUGAACGGCUGAAUGGUCGGGCGCGGCCAUAGGCCCGUUUGUCCGGCCGCUCAGUGCCGAGUGGUGGCGGUCAGGGUUGUGCUGCUGAUGGAGACGGAGGUGCGCGCCGUUCGAUGUAGGCGUGGAGGUGUGGGCUGCAGGUGCUAGACUUCAGCAGCUCGGUAGGCUUUCGCAGGAGGUUUUGUGCCAUGUGGAACCACUCCUUUGUUAAGCCAGUGCUUCUGUUGGAAGAUACUUGCGCAUAUGUAUGAAGUUCUGUAAUGAUAGUCGCCUGUGUUAUGCGACAUGUGACUGCAGUUCAGUUAUCUAAAUGGAUGCUUGUGUUACGUUCUCGUUAGCCGAUGCUAGGAAGCUGACAGAUGCUGGUAUUUUGCCUGUUACCGUCACCAAUGGCUGGUCUGGUCCGCUGAAUCGACGAACUCCGCCCUGUCACACACAAUGUGACGUCACCGGAGGUGGCAGGACUGCCACAGCUCAACGUAGUGUCCCGGCUGCGACCGCGCGCUGCAUCGACAGUCGCCCCCCCCCCCCCUGUGAUUCCCCGCGCCGGAGCCGCCGGAUC